UAUCUAGCGUGCGUGGUCAGCAGGCCCUCCCCAGCGCCACCUGCUUCAGCCUUGCGGGUAUGAAACGCCACCGCAAUAAAAGGACCCAAUACGCUCGUCGGAUUUAUUGCGCUGUGCUUAUGGGCCUAGCAUGUCCAGUGCCAGCCCUCGUAUUCUUGGCUUGGCGGGGUGACGACGACCCCCGGUGGGCUGCCCUUUUCUCCGAAUAUCAACGUGCGAUUGCUUCACGAUCACCAUCACUUCGAAAUGCCUUCUCAUUAUAGAGUAGAGAAACGAAGAUUCAUCCAAGAUGCAGGGUCGAAGAGGGGCAGAGGUCGGCCACAAGCUUGGUCGAGCUCGUGGCGGAAAAGACUCGUGCUUCUCCGACUAUGCGGCUUGCGGCUUGAUACAACAGUAGCGAUUCUCAACAUUCUCAACGAAGGCACGUUCAAUGCAAAGGUUCGUCGAGCGCAGCAGAUACUGGUCGACACUCUCACCAAACACUACCAUCGAGAUUGCCCACGAGACAAAUUGCAAGCGCGGAAGCGGAUUACUUUCCUAAAGUCACUGAGACUGAAGGGCCUCACGGAGAAACGGACAUUACCCCAACCCGCCGCCGCACAGCCAAACAUCUAUAUAAGAUCACGCCCGAAAACUCCAUCGCAAUGCCUCGCCACGCUUCCUGAAGGCCAGAGCCUGGAAACCACCCCCGCAGAUGAUGCUUGGAAGGGUAAAAGCAUCCUAAGCCAUGCGAACGCCACAGAAAACAGCACACGGGGCGACUUAUCGUGCUAUAGGUCCGGCUCCAAGGCCAUAGCUACUCCACCAAACUACGAUCAACGAUCAGCAACCGAAAACAAGAUCCUGUGUCACGAAGAUAGAGACCGCCAGUCAUUCAUGUCCGGCAGUACUUCAAAGUCGAAGAUAAGAGCUCUAUUGCGACGAGACAGUUACAGCUCGUCCAUGGCGUCUGAGAUGUGGAGCCUUUUACGCAUGAGAUUAUCGAUGAGCAGUCUCACAACGGGAAGUGAGCUUUCCUUCUACACAGAUUCAAUUCCGGAGAAGCAACCCGACCUAUUUGAUUUUUCGGCAAGGGUCAGGCGGGCCUUGAAGACCCAAAGGAAUAAGAUGGAGAACGUCAAUACCGAGGUAAUUGACACGUGCUGUUCCCAGAACGUGGAUUGCACCCAUCGGCUUAUCAAGGACGUGAUCGUCUCGGGAACUCCGGCAUCAACCUUCGCAAGGAACCUCCAGCUCGACUGCCUGCAAGACUGCAAGAGCAAUAUCAUGUUCUUUGCUGCUAUGUCAGGGGCCCCUGCGGACGUAAUCAUGGCCCUCCUAUGCAGAGCAUGUUACAACACAAUCAACUCGACCAACCCAGAUGGGCAGACAUUCCUAUUCUACCUUGAUCCUGCCGGAUUCCAAGACGUGAGUUGCACGUGUUACGCUUCCCCGUGGCAGUCGAAAUUCCCUUCCUCUCCCUAUACCUGGAUCCAAAGGGGGCCACAUUCAUCAAAAUUCGACUGUCUCGUUCGCCACCUAGAGCAGGAACGCUUCAAUUUCGAUCAGGUUGACCAUGAGGGUCGACAUUUUCUAUCAUUCCUAUGCGCCUCGCCUGAGUUCAACCUUGAAUGGUUGACUCUGAUCAUGUCGAACAGUCUAGAGUGGGACCAUAGAAUCCGUGCUCUAUCACAACUGCGAGACUCUUCUGGAUGCUUCCUGAUCGACUACAUCGCCGUCCAUCCCCGCUUCGGAGAACUCAGUGAAGCCACAAUAUCGCGCUUUCGGCCUCGAUUCAGGCAAGGUCCGUCCAGCCGUGUCAUGUCCAGAGCACUUGCAAGCGAGCUCGAGACUGGAGAAACAGCUCUCCACACAGUCCUUGAGAGCAAUUGUUUGGCGCACCAACGCAUUCUUCUGUAUCUCAACAACCCCGAGUAUCGAAAUGAUAUCAACAAGUAUGAUUGCUUAGGUCGAACGCCACUUAUGAGGUACCUUAAUCAAGCAAUAAAGGAUCUGGUCGCCGAAGAGUCUAUAGUUGCGACCGUUCGCAUGCUAAUACCCUGGGGAGUCAACCUAGACGCUCGCUCGCGAGGUGGUAGUACGAUGCUUCACUUCGCGGCUAAGAGCGCUCUUCCGGAACUGAUCGAGCUAGCCCUGGAUAAGGCCGCAAACGUAGACCAUCGGGACUGCAAGGGCUUCACCGCACUGGAUUACGCCGCUAAGAUGUUUGACCGUUCCCGAAACGGGAAGAGUCCACCGGAACUUACAGCCCGUUCACUGAAAUCGACUAUGAGAUUACUGGACUACGCCACGAAUCGAUUGCGCAAGCCUGGUCCAGUUGCACGGCGCUCACACAACGCCGUGAUCCAGCUACUCAGGAAUGGUGCGCAGCCAACGGAUAAUAUCACUCCUCAAUUGAAAGAUGCCAUAAGCACAAUGCAAUUUCAGGCCCCCCCAACCCAACUUGCCCUGCCAUUCAAAGAUAGCUCAUCUCAAUUGGAAACAGACGAUUACAUAAGUAAUCUUCCGAAGACGACAGAAACGUACUACAGGAUAGGGGCGUAAGAUACAGCACAGAAGGGGAGGAAGCUACCGGGGUUGGUCGCGAGCAGGAAUGUGAAAGCCAUAGUCCGAGAAUCAAUAGGAAGAACGAAAUCCAGCUACAUUGUCUCUACGCGCAUCCAUGCCAUUGCGUUUCGCGCGAAGGAACCUCCGCAAUGAGCACGGCCAUUAUAUCCUCUAGUCUACAGAAAACGGGCUCUCUUCCAUCCCAAGUCUGGUUGUAAUAAAUCAGAAAGA